UUUAUUUACAUCAGCUUACUAUUGAUUUAAACCUCAACACACUCAGUGUUAUUGAGUUAAAAAAAAAAAAUUAUAGUAUUAAGAGUGCGGCUGAUGUCUAACCGUUCUCAUAAUUUUACGAUCUAGGGGGGUGUAUUCACUGAAGGAAAUCCUAAUAGCCGGUGAAGCCAAAAAGUUCAAAGGUACACUGAAAACGACAUCGUUCACUCGAGAAGAAACUGGAAAAAAACACUCUUUCUCCACGGCUCGUCAGUCGUCACUCUCCCGUUCUCCUGCCUCCACAGUCCACUCGACGCUUUCAUAAACACAGGGCCACAACAUUCUAUUCGGCCUUGUGUCACCGCCACCAACCCUCGCCAUUAGCAGACCUAACUCUUUAUACGCCGGGGAAGAAAUUCCGGAGAGCUCUCUGUGGCUAGGAGCUAGGCCACUAGGGUCGGUACCCUUAGCAAAACUAAGUUCUCCAACUGUUCAGAGUUUGAUGUGCUUAUGAAUGGCUUUGAGAGCUUUUACCAAAAAGGGUAUACGCUCUGGUUUUACAAGAGUGUUGAAUUCUGUACCACCAAGACCUGCAGCUCAGUCAUUCUUUUCAUCUUCUCUUGAGGAUGCAGUAAAAGAAUUAACCCCUGCUUCAGUAAGAUGCAUAUCAGAGUUCUCUUUCAGCUCAGUGUCGGGAUUGGCCCAUCACAAGGUUCAAGUAGUAUUACCCCUUACAAGGUGUUUUCAUGCCAGUUCGGAGCUUUGGGCUAGAAGGACAAAUAAUGAGCUAGUUCAUGAAAAUAGUUCAAAUAAAAAGAUUCCCAAGAAAGGGAAGUUUGUGAAAAGAAUCAGGACUGAGCCACCUGUUGAAGCUCCUUAUGUGCCUCCUAAACUCAAAAGAACCACAAAAUCCUUGGUAGAUAAAACAAUUGACAUAUUUGAAGGCAUGACAAUUAUUGAGCUUGCCAAGCGUGCCGGUGAGUCAAUAUCCACUCUGCAGGAUAUUCUUGUAAAUGUUGGGGAAAAGGUUGACUCUGAGUUUGACCCUCUCAGCAUUGAUAUUGCCGAGCUGGUAGCAAUGGAAGUUGGAAUCAACGUUAGGAGGCUACACUCCAAUGAAGGUGCAGAAAUUUUACCCAGGCCUGCAGUUGUAACAGUUAUGGGUCAUGUUGAUCAUGGUAAAACUUCUCUUUUGGAUGCUCUACGUCAAACAUCUGUUGCAGCGAAGGAAGCUGGAGGCAUAACACAGCAUCUUGGUGCUUUUGUUGUGGGUAUGCAAUCAGGAGCAUCGAUCACAUUUCUGGACACACCUGGUCAUGCUGCAUUCAGUGCAAUGCGAGCAAGAGGUGCAGCAGUCACAGAUAUAGUAGUUCUAGUUGUAGCUGCUGAUGAUGGGGUGAUGCCCCAAACUCUUGAAGCCAUGGCUCAUGCAAAAGCAGCAAAUGUCUCAAUUGUUGUUGCUAUUAAUAAAUGUGAUAAACCAGCUGCUGAACCAGAAAGGGUAAAACUCCAGCUUGCUUCGGAGGGCUUACUACUAGAGGAGAUGGGUGGGGAUGUUCAGGUGGUUCAAGUUUCUGCAAUAAAGAAGACUGGAUUGGAUAGCUUGGAGGAGGCUUUGCUUCUCCAGGCUGAAAUGAUGGAUCUGAAAGCACGAAUUGAUGGGCCUGCUCAAGCUUAUGUGGUGGAGGCAAGACUUGACAGGGGACGGGGCCCAUUGGCUACUGCAAUAGUGAAGGCAGGGACAUUGGUUUGUGGGCAGCAUGUGGUUGUGGGCUCAGAGUGGGGUAGAAUAAGGGCUAUUAGGGAUAUGGUGGGGAAGUUGACAGAAAAGGCAACGCCUACAAUGCCUGUCGAAAUUGAAGGGCUGAAGGGGCUCCCAAUGGCUGGCGAUGAUAUUAUAGUUGUGGAAUCUGAGGAGCGAGCUAGAAUGCUUAGUGAGGGGAGGAAAAAGAAAUUUGAGAAAGAUAGGCUUAGAAAGAUCAGUGAGGGGGCAACAGAAACUUUGGAACCAUCAGAUGAGGUGUCUAAGAGGGUUGAAAUGCCAAUAAUAGUAAAAGCAGAUGUUCAGGGCACCGUCCAAGCUGUCACAGAUGCAUUGAGGACUUUAAAUAGUCCUCAGGUUUUUGUGAAUGUUGUCCAUGUUGGUGUUGGGCCUAUUUCUCAAUCUGAUGUGGAACUUGCAAAAGCGUGUGGUGCAUGUAUAGUUGGGUUCAAUGUAAAGGGUCCAUCCAGUUCUAUCGGUCUGGCAGCAUCUCAAGCCAGUAUAAAGAUAGUGCUGCACUGUGUGAUUUAUCACCUUUUGGAAGAAAUUGGCAGUUUGAUUGUGGAUAAGGCCCCUGGGACUUAUGAGUCCCAGGUUGCUGGGGAGGCCGAGGUGCUGAAUAUAUUUGAGCUCAAAGGAAGGAGCAAGUCAAAGGGAGAUGAUGUGAAAAUUGCUGGUUGCCGGGUUAUUGAUGGCUGUGUCUCAAAAUCAUCAACCUUGAGGCUUUUGAGGAGUGGGGAAGUAGUAUUUGAAGGAUCCUGUGCAUCUCUUAAGCGGGAGAAGCAGGACGUGGAGUCGGUGAGAAAAGGAAACGAGUGUGGACUUGUGAUUGGUGAUUGGGAUGAUCUUCAAAUUGGAGACAUCAUCCAGUGCUUGGAGCAAAUUGUGAGGAAGCCCAAGUUCAUUUCCUCUGAGAGUGGUGCAGUUCGAAUCGAGUGUUGAUAGUGCUUUUUGCUAGUAACAUGUUCAUUGAGUUGGGUUUUGACUCCAUUUAUCUUCCUGGACUUGCUACUGCAACAGAUGAUUUUGCCCAAAUAUUGUAUCCAUUUUGUAGCGGCAACCAAUAAUUAUUAGUAUAGGACAAUUUUGAAGGCAUAGUAGAAUAAAAGUAUUCGUAAUUAUACGCAACUUUAGAAAUUGGUGAUUAUUGGAUCAUAACAUGAAGAGAGGAAUUUAUUGAUUGCUU